ACAAGUGGAAAUUUGUAAACGUCAGAUGAAUGUCAGCAUUCUAACCUAACUUUUUGGAAGUAAAUAUUAUAUUUUGAAUUAAAUUUUUAAAUAAAAUGGCCGUAGCAACUAAAACUUCGUUUAUAUUAGCAAGUAUAAGUUCACUUUUGUUAUUUUCUUCAAUGCAAAUUUGGAAGACUUGGCUGGCAUCUUCUAGUCAAAAUACUCUUUUAGGGGGUGUAUUAGGAGCUUUUCUCUUUACAUUAACACUAACUGCAAUAGGAAACUUAGAGACAUUAGUUUUAGGAAAGUCCUAUAACCUCGGUCUGUUUCCAGAAGUGAUACUGGCAUUUUUCAUGGCCUUAGCAGCAGCUGCCACUGUCCACAGAGUUACAGGAACAUCAUGCUUCCUAUUGUCACUGUUGGCGUUAUUUUAUAUCAAUAAGUAUUCUCAAAAAACCUAUGCUCAAAUAGUGCCUCAGCAGGUUACAGUUGGGAAGAAAAAGAAAAACUGAAGAUUAUUUUUUAAAAAAUAACUAUUCGUAAGCAAUUAGUAAUCUCAUUAAAAAUGUAUAAUUUAUAGAUCUUAUUUUCAAGUAUUUAUAUCAUUAAAUAAAGGUUUUUUACAAUUAAUUUUAUAUCUUUUCUGGUUCAUAAAAUAAAACAAA